AUGGCGUUGCGCUCAGGUGCCUCCUUUGCUUUCAACUGGGGCAACCGCUCUGCACCCGCGCCCCCAUCUCCCUCACGAACCAUCUAUCUCGACUCAACAUUGUCAGAAUGGAAGGGUAAAGACGCCAUUCGAGUUGACGUGUACGAACCGUCGGCCGACACGCAGCCAAGUAAAGCCCGUGCUGCCGCCGAUCCUGUCAAGCGUGUUGGUGUCAUCAACCUCACGGCGGCGGCUUCAUACUCGGCUCGGGCACAGAUGAUGCCCGCUGGGCCUGCGCCGUGGUCGAGUCUCUCGACGCCGUUGUCUUCUCCGUUAACUACCGGCUGGCCCCCGGCUACCCAUUUCCUACCCCUGUUGAAGAUACUCUCGACUCUAUUCUUCAGAUUUAUGCACGUGCGGGAGAAUUCAACGUCGAUUCUAACCGUCUCCUCCUUUCCGGCUUCUCAGCAGGCGGCACCCUCUCACUGGCCGCGUGGGUUAUCCUUCAAGACCCUUCUCGCUGGGGAUCUUUUUGACGCUUCGUAUAUCCAUCCUGCCAUCCCCUACGACAACCGCGACGACCCCCGCCUCAGCCCCGGUCUCAUGCCGCUCGAGUACAUGGAGCGACUGCCGCCAGUACACCUUUGCCUUUGCGAGAUGGACAUGCUCCUCACUGAAGGCCUCAAGUUUGCCGAUAAUCUGCGAGAAGCAGGUGUCACAGUCACCUCGAGGGUCGUGCUGGGAGAGAAGCACGCGUGGGACAAGCCACCCCCAUUCGCGCCCAAAGCGAGCGUCUCCGUGGAAUACCAGGCGGCCAUCGUUGCCAUGCGACACUGGCUCAGCGACGACGGAGCCAAGUUGACGCAGGCGGCUGUUGGGGCUGUCAACGAUCAGACUCAGGUAGCAGACGGCGCGCCACUAGACACGAGAUCAAGAGUAGAAAGGGGCGGUAUUCUGGUAAUAAUUUAA